CUUGACAUGGCUUCUCCACAACGAAAAUGUCUUCUCGUCUUUCCAAGCUGUUUGAAGCUCUAACGAUCACUACAGCCACUUCCGUGAGACGAAAACGACUCGUCAAACGACAACGACGACCCUUCAAACUUGUCCGUCCACCGAAGAUGCUGCACAUCAAUAUGUGCAUAGGUCGUCCUUAUAUCCAGUUCUACGGAUAUGAAGCUACCCCUGAAUUCCUAGUCCGUUUAGCUGAGGAAAAAUGUCCAGAAGCAUUGCGCGACCGCAAUGACAGAGACUACGAGAUCGAUGCCAUGACGCAAGCACACAUGCUCAUUUUAGCUCGGUCGGGCAUCCUGCCACUUUUUUACAUGACCUGUUUCAAGCCCCAGGAUGGCUCGGUGCCUCCUGUAUGGCUCGAUGCAUUUGGCAUGCGCGGCUUCAACCGUGACCACAUAGACGAAGACGAACUUAUCGCCAAUCCGAUCGUCGACGUUCAGGUGCUCGCUGUGUGCUCGGAUAUAGAUCGUUCCUUUGAAAGGCGUCCUACACAGGCACAGAUGGACGCCAUUACAGAGUUGAUGGGGUAUGCACCACAGUGGUGGGUGGGUUAUGGGAUAGGAGAUUAUCAUUGAGCGUGAAUGGCGAUGGGUUGCAACGAGAUAUAUCAUGGAGCUUCCUUGCAGUUGUACGUUGUAGCAGUUGCAUAUAGUAGGCCUCAGGGAUUAUCAUACACCUACGU